AUGGCAGACAUUGCUUCAGCUAUAGGUGGAAUUGUAUCAGCAGGUCUUGGAAUAGCAAAUACUAUUACUAGUAAAGCAGAAGGUAUAUUCGCAACAGUUACCUCAGGAGCUGAUGGUGCUUGGCAAACUGCAACUUCAGGAGUUGUUGUACAAUUUGAAUCAUUAACAUCAGGUGGAGCUGCUGCUUUUCAAAUUGUUACCUCCGAUGCUGAAGGUAGAUUUUCUACUAUUACCCAAGGUGCUGUUUCAGAUUUUUCAAUUGUUACAAGUAAAGGAAAUGAAGCUGGUCAAUCAUUAACUUCUGCUGGAGGUGCAGCUGUUGGAGCAAAUGGUGGAUCAUCAGCAACAAGUAUUGCUUCAACAAGUGAGGAUUCUUCAAAUUCAAGUUCAAGUCCAAGUUCUAGCUCAAAUUCAAGAUCAGAAUCAUCAGAAUCAUCAGAAUCAUCAUCAUCAUCAUCACCAUCAAGUUCAGGUAGUUCUGCAGGUGGUGCAGCUGCUUCAUCAAGCACGAGAGCAUCAAGUUCAGGUGAUUCUAGUUCAUCAGCAUCUAGAUCAUCAAGUUCCUCAUCAUCAACUUCAUCGGGAGGAUCAUCAUCUGGUUCAAUCUCAAACAUUGAUUCAUUGAAUUGGAAAAAAUCAGUUGGUAUUUUAGGAAUUGUUGGUGCUUCAAUAAUUUUCACCGCUUUAUAG